AUGCAUGAUGCUAUAUGCGGGCAAUCUCGUCCGAAUGAAAAAUUGGAGAACAACGUUAGCAAACUGCUCGAUAAACUCGUAGCCAGUCAUGAUCGACGGAUUCGGCCAAAUUAUGGAGGUCCACCAAUCGAAGUGAAUAUUACUGCACAUAUCACAACCAUAAGUGCAAUUACAGAAGUGUCUAUGGACUACACGCUAGAUUUGUAUCUACGACAAAUCUGGAAAGAUCCACGAUUAGCUUGGGAGAGCGACGAGCAGUCGUCGCUGACCAUAGGAAUCGAUAUGGUGAAGACGAUCUGGACGCCGGAUACAUUCUUUCCAAACGAAAAGAAAUCGUUCUUUCAUGAAGCCACUUCACAUAACUCUUUCCUUCGAAUAGAUAAUCAUGGAAAUGUCCUGCGGAGUAUACGUCUUACCGUAACCGCAAAUUGCCCCAUGAAUCUGCACACGUUUCCGCUCGACGUGCAGGAAUGCGCUUUGGAAAUAGAGAGUUAUGGCUAUUCGACGAGAGACAUCAUUUAUCAUUGGCAUGGUCCUAACGCUGUCACUAUCGACGAAAAUGUUCAUCUGGCACAUUUCUCUAUUGGGGACCAUUACCAUAUCGAACGGGUUAUAUCGUUGAGUACGGGUAAUUACUCCCGUCUAAGUGCCUAUUUUACGUUCAAGCGUAACCUCGGCUUCUACCUCAUCCAAAUCUACUUCCCAUCGUCGCUCAUUGUCGUCAUCUCAUGGGUUUCGUUUUGGCUCAACCGUGAAGCUGUACAAGCGAGAGUUGCCAUUGGUGUCACCACAGUCUUGACAAUGACAACAUUGAUGACCAGCACAAAUGCAAGUCUCCCAAAGGUCAGCUACGUCAAAAGCUUGGAUAUCUUUCUCGGAAUGUGUUUCUUUAUUGUUUUUGCUUCACUUCUGGAAUAUGCGGCCAUUGGUUAUCUGAUGAAACGAAAUCGCUCACUAAUGAAUGCCUCUCCCGUCCAGUACUAUGAGACUGGUGAUGGUGUAUUGAGAAGAGACAGUUCAAGAAAGAAGUUCAAGAACAACAACAACAGGAGGAAUAGCGUAAAGAUAGAAGUCGAAGCCCAGCUGGACCAACGUAUCCCUCUGCUCUCCAUGGUCCCCAUGCCUCCUAUUCCUUUCAAGCCAAAACCGCCUGCAUGGACAAGGAUUCGCCCAUCACAAGUGGACCUCAUCUCUCGCAUUGCCUUUCCAUCGUUUUUCAUCGUCUUCCAUAUUAUCUACUGGGGUUUCUACCUUAAUGUCACGACGAUCUGAGCCACUGCUCUAACUUAUGUUUACCUCAUUCCAGCAGAUUGCUCAACAACAAGAUCUCUCCACUUCUCGUCAUGAAUUUAUUGUUUUCCAUAUCCAUCUCAGAGGCUCUACGCAUGCUGAUUUUGUUAUUUUCAAGUGCCUUCCAUGAAAAUUGUGUAUAUUUUCUUAUAAACUUUGC